AUGAUCUUGUCAUGGAUUAAAGGGGUAAAAUUACCCCUAUCGCAGAAGCCAGUCCAACGAUGCCUUCCUAAAGAGCCUAAAUGGUCUUUCAAGGAAGAAGCCACCAUUAAAAUAGCGCUUAAAGAAUUGAGCGGCAUAGGGGCAAUCAGCACGGCCAAACCGCCAAAUAGGCAAUACAUCUCAAAUAUAUUUCUCAGAAAAAAGCACGAUGGUUCAGAUAGGGUAAUUUGA